UUCACACCACAAGCAGUCCUUAUGGACACCAUGCCUCAUGAUGGUCUCAUGAACAACACCAACUUUGACACAACAACCAUCACAAGUUAUGAGCACGUCUUUGAUGAAUUCAUGCUCUUUGGAAAUGGUUAUGAUGGCAAUGGGCUGCAUUCGAUGGUCGAAAACUUGUUCGAUGGCGAAGGCGAAGGUACUUCUAGCUUUGGAUUGCAUGUCGAUGCAGUCGAAGAUUUUCCUGAAGCAUACUUGUCAGUAGAUGGCAAUGCUUCUGCAAGUCCUGAGGAGAAACAAGGUGAUGGCAAUUCCUCUGGGGGGACCACAAAUGUGGCGAGGUCGAGGAGAGACCGUUCGAAGACUCUGAUCUCGGAGAGGAGGCGGCGUGGGCGAAUGAAGGACAAGCUCUAUGAGCUGCGGUCCUUGGUUCCUAACAUAACUAAGAUGGACAAGGCUUCGAUCAUUGCUGAUGCAGUUAUGUAUGUGCAAAAUCUUCAAAGGCAAGCAAAGAAGCUAGCAGAGGAAAUCACUCUGCUUGAAUCCUCCUCAAAAGUAGAUCAGGUAUUGCAAAUUCCCUUCGAGCACACCAUGAAUGUUUCACAGGUUGAUCAAGGGAGAAGUAGUCCAUCCGGCGGAAAAGUAUUGCGGUUGAUAGCUCAUGAUGUAGGAGAAGGAAGAUUCUUUGUGAAGUUGGAGUGCAGCAAAGGUGAAGGCAUUUCCUCAGCCCUCUACUCUGCGAUCGAGUCUCUUGGGUGCUUCGAUUUAGCGAGCUCUAACAUCUCCAUUGCCUCUGAGAUAUAUGUGUUAACACUAACACUGAAUGUUAGAGGAUUUGUGGAGGAGAUGAAUGUGUCAACUGUGAAGCUAUGGAUAAUGGGGGCAAUUCUUAAGGAGGGAUUUGAGUUCGAGAUGACAGCGAUGUUUUAAAUCUUUUGUUCUCAUAAUUUUUCACACUCUUCUGUCUUUUGGAUAUGUACCAUCGUAGACUGGAAAUGCUAAUUGCGGGGUACCUUCCA